AUGGAGUUGCUCAAUGAAACCACAGUGCACGAAUUUGUUCUGCUUGGCUUCAGAGUUGGGGAACGGGGACGGCUCCUUCUUUUCAUUUUCUUCACAGCUUACAUCCUGACUUUGGCGGAGAACUUGAUCGUCAUCAUGCUAGUCACUGAAAAUACCUGCUUGGCCCAACUCCCCAUGUACAUCCUGCUGAGCAACUUCUCCUUGCUGGAGAUAUGCUACGUAAGUGUCACUGUACCACGAAUGCUCUUUGAUCUUUUUACGCGGCUGGAGAAUAUGCUACUCAUCUCCUUUCAUGCCUGCUUCCUCCAGUUUUACGCCUUCUUUUCCCUCGGCAAUACUGAAUGCUUCUUCCUCUCCGCCAUGGCUUUGGAUCGGUACAUGGCCAUCUGCCAUCCAUUGCACUACCCUCAAAUGAUGUCCAGAGAUUUCUGCUAUGCCCUGGUGUUGACUUGUUGGGUUCUUGGGAUCCUUUGGUACAUUACACCUGUGUUCUUAAUCUCACGCUUGAGCUUCUGUGGCCCCAACACAAUUGAUCAUUUUGUAUGUGAUCCUGGUCCCCUUUUAGACCUGGCAUGUCCCCCACUAGGUUACAUCCCACGCUUCUGCCACAUCUCUGUUGCUUCUGUAGUUCUGGCCACCUUCCUGUUCAUUGUGAUCUCUUAUGCAAGAGUGGGCUUUACUCUUGUGAAACGUUCUGGUCAAGGCAAACACAUCAAAGGCUUCUCCACAGUGUCUUCUCAGCUAGCAGUGGUGACACUGUUCUAUGGGUCUGUCAUGUCUAUGUAUGUCGGGCCCAAUGGAGAAAGCCGUGCGGAGGUCACCAAAGUGGUGACCCUCUUCUAUUCUGCUGGCACUCCACUGCUUAACCCACUAAUCUACUGUCUCAGAAAUGAUCAGGUGAAGGAAGCGCUAGCCAAAUUCUUGAGAAGGAAGAGAGUGAUCUAG